CGUUGGGUUGUUCUACUUAAUUUGCUGUAAGCUUUUACUUAAAGAAAGAAAAGGGCUUUCUUCGUCACUCUACAGUCUUCCAUUUCUCUCUCUCUCUCUGCGCCUUCAAACUACAAAGAAUGGCGGCGUUGUUCCACUUCUCUCUUCUUUUCACAGUUCUCCUUUCUUCCAUUCUCUUAUCGAAUCACUCAGUAAAAUGCGACGACCAUGAUGAGGAAGAUGAUCUUUAUCAGGGAAUCAACAAGUAUAGGGAAUCAUUAAACUUGACAUCUCUAACAAAGAAUGAAAAUGCGAAUUGCUUUGCUGAUGAAAUUGCUGGCCAGUUCAAGAAUCAACCUUGUACGAAUACCACAGGCGCAAACACAGUACCAGGCACGGAGCCUCAGUUCUCCAACUACCCAGACCUUUUGAAUAAAUGUCAAUUGAAUAUUUCUAACACGAGGGAUGGAAUUGUAAUGCCUGCUUGUGUUCCUGGCCUGGUUUCGAGCGUUGUCCUUACAAAUUUCACACAAUCUCUCUACUCGGGUAAUCUCAAUGACUCCAAGUAUACAGGAAUUGGUAUUGGUUCAGAAGAUAACUGGAUUGUAGUCGUACUGACCACUAACACUCCCGAAGGAAGCUUUGUUCCUGAGACUGAGACUAAGACUGACAGUGGUGCCAAUUUCGUUUCUAAAAUUGGAUCGAUUUACUGCUCAAUGUUUUUGUUAGUUAGUAAUCUUUUCCUGUUGUGAACAAGAGGAUGCCGUUGUUCCCAUUUUAGUUUUGUUUUAGUAUUUUCAAUUUGGGGGCCUUGCUACCUCCAUAAAGUUCUUACUAAUCCGUGCCCAGGAACACUGAAAAUAAUGUAGACAACUGUUUUUCUAGUGAAAUAUAGAUGGCUGUGGUUACAAUGUGUUGUUUCAAUAUUGCAAGUGUCUGUAGGAUGCUAGAGAAGAGGAAUAGGGGAAGAGGAUUUCUCCUCAAGGGUUGUUAUCUUACUAUUGUCAUUACCAACAGUUUCAUUUUCUUUUCUUUCUGUUUUUUGAAUACUUUACUUUUGCCAAAUCAGAAUAGAAGGCAAUAAAUUGUAGCAUUGAUGACA